AUGAUAACAUCUGGUGGGAAUGGUGGCUCAACAAUGAUUCUGUACGAUUCUCUGCAUACCACUGAGGCAGAAAAUCUCAAAGAAGCAUGCAUGAAUGUAAUAGAGAAAAAAGAGUCGGAAAACGGAAUGAGCUUGUCGUAUGUUCUUGAGCAAUUCAGGCAGAUAUGCUGCUGUAUGGACAGUUUUGAGGUGGACAUGGCUGUGAAUGAGUCUAUGCUUUCGUUGAUGCAAUACUUGGAAAGAAAUGCACCGGGUGUGGAUGGAUUGUUCAUCAGUACAAAAUCGUCUGAAAGUAUGAAUAGCUGUGUGAGCUUGCUUGAAUUUAACGAGAAGAUAGAUUAUGAAACCAUUGACAUACUUGACUCAGCAAUGGCAUUCAGGGUGUAUGUUGACAAGAACCUAAAAGCAAUUAUCCCAGUAAGAGUACGGCAGAAUGUAAUAGAGGCAUACAAAAGCAAUGAUGAAGAAAGGAAGAAGGUUAUUAUGCCGAGAAUCCCGUUUGUGUUGAAUGAUUCGCACAGGAUAUUCCUGAAGUCGUUGAAGAGGGUGUUUGGGUCAAUGGAGGAUGGCGCUGAAGAUGUGCAGCGCAAGAUGGAUGAGGUGUAUGAAGUGUUUGGCCCGCUGGUUGUUAGAAAGUCCGAGGACAUGCUUGACACCAGUACGUCUGUGUUGAAACAGAUUCUGGCUGAUCUAAUGGAUGUGAAUUUUGACGAGCUUCCAAGGUCGUUUUUCAGUGCAGGAAACGGAAGCCAGGGCUGA